CUCCUUCAGAAAAGGAAAUGAGAACGUGACACCAUAAACUUUAAAACCGAGAACAAUAUAAUUUUAUGUUUGUUUGUCAACAACACGAAUAACUAUUUGUUUCUCGUCAAUCUCUGUUUUUUAAAAUUAAUAUCAAAUAAGCAUCUUGUUUUUUUAUUUCUGUUCCUGAAACGGAAAACGAUUGGCCAGCAAGUACACGGAUCUUAGCCAAUCGCGCCAACGCCUUUGCAAAAAAAAAAAAAUGUAGAGAAAAAAAGCAAAUGAUUAUAACAAUGUAGCUACAGUAGGCUACGUAUGUAACCACUUACUGUUUAGACAACUGUACAGCCAUCAUUGCCAUGCCCUCAAUAUGACCGCCUGUCCGGUUAAUUUACGAAUUUCAUUUGGAAAGACGUGACACUCAUCCCAUCUUUUUACUUAACUACAGGCAAGGCAAGUACCCAGAAUUCCAAGUUGCCAUGGCGCCACAUCCAGUGGUCCAGGCUAUCAUUGACCUCACUGCUGGAGCCCUAGGCGGCACGGCCUGUGUGGUCAGUGGCCAGCCCUUUGACACAGCCAAGGUGAAGAUGCAGACCUUCCCCGCCAUGUACCGGGGUUUCCUGGACUGCUUCGUGUCCAUCUACCGGCAGGUGGGCCUGCGCGGCCUGUACCAGGGCACCAGCCCGGCGCUGGUCGCCAACAUCGCCGAGAACUCCGUGCUCUUCAUGAGCUACGGCUUCUGCCAGAGGGUGGUCAGCCGGGUCUGUGGGCUGGACAGAGAGGCGGCGCUCAGCGAUGUGCAGAAAGCCUGCUCGGGGUCUCUGGCCUCCAUCUUCUCCUCGCUGGUCCUCUGCCCCACGGAGCUGGUGAAAUGCCGGCUGCAGGCCAUGCACGAGAUGGAGGCGUCGGGCAGGGUCGCCAGGGGGCAGAAUACUGUGUGGUCGGUGGUUAAGACGGUCAUACGGAAUGACGGUCCUCUGGGAUUCUACCAGGGUCUGACCACCACCAUCGUGAGGGAGGUACCUGGGUACUUCUGCUUUUUUGGGGGCUACGAGCUCAGCCGGAGCGUCUUCGCCCGCUACAUGGGGAGAGACAAGGAGGACAUCGGAGUGGUCCCAGUCAUGUUCAGCGGGGGGUUUGGCGGUGCCUGCCUGUGGCUGGUGGUGUACCCCAUAGACUGUGUCAAGUCCAGAAUCCAGGUCCAUUCCCUGACGGGGCGACAGCAGGGCUUCCUCAAGACCUUCAUGGGUAUUGUGCGCACCGAAGGAUUCGCUGCUCUGUAUUCGGGCCUCACCCCCACCAUGAUCCGCACCUUUCCUGCGAACGGAGCGCUCUUCCUGGCCUACGAGCUCAGCCGCAAGCUGAUGUUGCAGCAGUUUGAUGGUUGAGCCAGUCAUCAUCAUCUUCUUCAUCAUCAUCAUCAUCAUCACUGCAGCGGUCUUUUACCCAAAAAUCACCACCUACCCUUUUUCUCCCAGAACCAGCCUACAUGCCCCCAAAUGCCAGGAUUUAAAGUGCAUUUUAAUGUAUUUAUUUUUUUUGAUAAUUCUGAUAGAUAACUCUUCAACUCUAUGCUAUAAUGCCUCCAGAGCAUGGACACGACAACGUCUGUGACGACAUUUUACAGGGCCUUUACUUUUUUUGCUUAGUUUUGUAAGACAGGGACAAGGUACAGUAAGUCUGAAACAAAACGUUGCUGCAUGCAUUAUGAAUAUCCAAAGCGCUUUGGAUCCAAAACGCUUUACAAUUGAUGCCUCUCAUUCACCCAUUCACGCAUACACUCACACGCCAAUGGUGAAAGGCUGCCAUGCAAGGUACCAAUCAGCUCAUUGGGAGCAGUUCGGGGUUAGGUGUCUUGCUAUAAUAAUAUAGUAUAUAAUAUAAUAAUAAUAAUUAGAAAAUCUACUGCCAGUUACAGGUAUUGGAGACCUUCACAACCGUAGCCAGUCAAUCAGAUUCAUAUACAUUCCCGCAAGCAGUGUGAAUCUAUGUGUAUGUUAAAUAAUGCAGUAUUUAAAUCUCAGUGGAUUUGAUGGUGAAGGGUAUGGAAGGGGAAUGUUUGUUAUUCUUAUGCAAAAUCAUAACUCUUUUGGAAACAAUCAUCUCUGUAGAAAGCAUGAUUUGUACUUGUUAAACUUUCAUUAAGGGAAUUAUAUUAGCUGUUACAUGAAUAAAUUAUAUUUUUAAAGGUGUACAAACUGCAAAGUAUAUUUUUGUAAAUUUGUAAAGACUUGACCAUAGAUAAAUAUUCUUCAAUAAUACUGAUGGACGAUUGUUUUUACCCAUUUGUCCUUUAUAUAUAGUUACUGAAGUUGAGGUUCUUUUGGAAAUACUUUAUUAACAGUGAUUCUCUUGAUGAAGGAGGUGGUGGGAGUUGGGGGAAGGGGGAUAGCAGGUGUAUUCUGCCCUUUUACAUCAGUGUGGUUGAUGUGUAAUUUUGGCUCCAAAAUAAAUACGGCAAGUGAUUGGUUUGAAGAAUUAAAAGAGAAAAGAAGGCUG